AUGCCGCCCAAUACACAUCCCGUCUGCGACAGCUGCCGACUCCGCAAGACGCGGUGCGACCGUGCGUUGCCCUGCAGCACCUGCCUCGCCUGUGAUUUACCAUGUCGCUAUCGACACAGCCUACAGAGACGAGGACCGAAGGGCGGCAAGGGCCGAAGGCUGGCUAUCAUCAAAAGGGCCCAGGCUGAGGAGGAUGCCACCGGUCAGGCGGCCUGUUAUAUCCAGCGCGCCGUUCCGGUCAUCAGCGACGGCGUGUCCCCGCACCGUCUCCAGGUUCCCGAUGCCGGCUCGCUGUCACCGUCGCCGUUCCAGGAACAGGGUGGAAGCAGCGGAGCCUGUUCCGUUCUUGUAGCCCAUGUGAGAAUGUUCAUGGCAAACUUGUUCCCCGUCAUGCCCGUGGUGGAUGCGACGAGUCUCGAGGAGGAUUGCGCCGUGGCCCAUCUGCUGCCGCCGCCGCGGUACACUCUCCUGCUCGCCUUGGCGGCAGUCACGCGCAUCCAGCUACGCCUAGAUCAUCCCGAGGAGCAUGGCGCCCAGGGAGGAACAAGGCUGCAUGAAGAUGGCUCCGUUGACGAUUGCACAACCGGGCCUCGUUUUCUCGAGGCGGCCGAGACUGCUCGCCAAAAGGUCAAUGUGGCGGACACAAUGUCGGAGGACGCCAUAUUGACAUCGUUUUUCUUAUUUGUCUGCUACGGAAAUCAGGAGAAUCACAAGAAAGCAUGGUUCUACCUGAACCAGAGCGUGUCCAUGGCUCUUCUGCUUGAUCUGGACAACGAAACAGCCGAGUCGGUUGCCGGCUUGACCGACAAAGACAUUGAUAGACGCCGACGAAUAUUUUGGUUGCUUUUCAUAUCGGAAAGGACAUACGCGCUACAGCGUAGGAUGCCAGUUCUGCUACGGCGAACAGUGCCAAAGCCUCAAAUCUUCGACUCUGACUACCCCAUCAUCAUGAACGACUUUGUCAACCACAUCAACGUAUUCGAGUCACUGCCCUUAGAGCUGUACGAGUGGCAGCCUGAGCCAUCGGACAGCAGCAACCUCUCAUACAUCGGGCAACGGGUCAUCCAGGCGCUCUGCACCGUGCAGCCGCAGAACUCGGUGCUGGAGAGCCAGCAGCUUGACACGCUGAUUACUCAAAAUUGGUUGCGAGUGGUGAUGUGGCGGCUGAUGUGCGGAAUUGCCGGAAAGUCCUGUCAUGGGUCCGUGGCAUUGCCUGAUCUGCGCCUGCCUUUCGAUGCUGGUAGCUCCAUCUUGCUGUCGCUCACGUCUUCGAGCACCGCGUCGAAGAACAGGCACGGAAUUUCGCUGGAGCAAAAGCUGUUCGAUAUCGGAACAAGCCUCGUCGACGUGAGCCCCUCAGCGACCGCCAGCGCAAUGAUCCUGGGGCCGCAGGACUUGUUCGCUGCCAUCGUGAACACGCUUCGCUGCAUCCGAGGCCGCGAGUCUCAUCUGCUACCGAAGCUGCUUCAGCAUUCUCAAGAAAAGCUCGGCGCAGCAAGGCUUGGGUGGAGCAUGGACGUGCAGGUAUCGACGCCUCCAUUCUCUACGGCCCUGCACUCGGCGCGGUUUGAGGAGCUUCCCUCUCCGGGCGCAUUCGAUGGCGUUGACUUCCACCAUGUCGAUUCUUUACAAGAUAUUUGGGACGAAAGCCAUGAUGCGCUGAGUCUAAACAUGAUUGCCUGUGAUGAGGGACAAGGCCAUGCUCAGGUCUAUGCCAGGGAUCCAGGGUCGCAACUGUCAGGAUACAACUAG